CAAUCAGAACACGUUUCCUAUUCAGGGUGAAAGUUGAGAGGUCAAAGAAAGCAGCCAUUUUCUCGUGAUAUUUUAUUUUUAUUUUUUUAGUGCGCGGCGUGGGAUUUGGGUUCUCUUGUGUUUUAGAGACUACUAGAAUAAAAUACCGGAUUCAAAAAUAAAAUGAGUUUACCUCUGAACCCAAAGCCAUUUCUCAAUGGUCUAACUGGUAAACCAGUUAUGGUAAAAUUGAAGUGGGGAAUGGAGUAUAAAGGCUACCUGGUUUCAGUGGAUGGGUACAUGAACAUGCAGCUGGCUAACACAGAAGAAUAUGUUGAUGGAGCAUUGGCUGGUCACUUAGGAGAAGUUCUUGUUAGAUGCAACAAUGUUCUGUAUAUAAGAGGUGUUGAAGAAGAGGAGGAAGAUGGAGAAAUGAGAGAAUAAACAUUUUGUACAAGAAAAUCUCAUUCCUUUUAUACCGGAUGCAUCAGUUGUAUGACUUUGUAACUGAUUUAAGUUUUUGGUUUAUGUUGAUUUUGUGUCUUACUGAAACAGUUGUUUUUAGUUUAACUUUGUUUUCCAUGCCGUGUGCUUCAAGAACAGCACAGAAAUAAUAAAAUUGUGCAUAUUGCACUUUUUUUUAA